CCUUUGAUCCAGUAUUUUAUAAGAAUUUUCCACCAAAAGCAUGCCAAAAGCCAUUCUCAAGAGUGUCUAUAGCUUUAGCAGUGAAGAUCCCGCUUUUCCAGCUUCCAACCUCCUGAAAAAUCUCAAAUGGAGAAGUCAGGGAGUUGGCCAGGAAGCUGAGCACGUCACCAUUCAAUUGGAGAAGCCAACUGUAAUCAGUGGAAUAGAUUUGGGCAACGAAGCAUCUUGCUUUCUUGGUGUUUUCGUUGCUAAAAGUGGCCAAGAAAUGACUUCGGACAACUACCAAGAACUCCUUUUGACCUCAUCCUUUAUGACUCCUGUGGAGUGUCGAUCGCUGGAGAACAUCAACCGAGUGAGGUGCUUCAAUAAGGCGUCUCUCGUGGAGGACGUCGCGAAUGAGAAGUGGGACUUUGUGAAGAUAGUUUGCUCGCAACCGUUCAAUGCUCACACGCAGUACGGCUUGUCCUUUAUCACGAUAUACUCGCCUGAGCAGGAAGCGAAGGAGGAAGUCAGGAAGGUAGAGUCUUCAGGAAGUCCUUCAGUUCUUGGUAGAUUUGUACUCCGAGAAGAAUCGCCGGAAACUGACGACAGAGGAUCUCUUUUCAACAAGUGGAAAUUAUCUCAGGAAUCAUCAGACGAUCAAGCGUCAACGAGUGUAAGCGUAUCUCCAGCUGUGGCCAUCAGGAAAGCAUCAGCCGAACUCUUGCGCGAGAAGAAGGAAGAACGUCCUCCUCCAGUGACUCCAAAGCCUCCAAAGGUGUCUCAGAAGGCGGAAAAACCGCGAAGAAAUCGAAUAAUACACGAUUCUGAUGACUCUGAUGAGGAGGAAACGGCUUCAGUGGCGAAGAAACCCAAAGUAAAUAACGAAAUCAAGGUGGCAACACCUCAACAGGCUUGUAAAGCAGCAAGUCCUGCCCGAAGAGUCGCUUAUCAGCCCUUCGGAAGACUCCUGAACGAAGUCAUCUUCACAAUAAGUGGCAUUCAGAACCCGGAAAGAGCCACUCUGCGCCAGAAGGCGAUGGAAAUGGGAGCCAGAUACAAGUCAGACUGGGACAGAAGCUGCACUCAUCUGAUCUGCGCCUUCAAGAACACACCCAAAUACAACCAAGUUCGCGGUCAAGGCAAAAUUGUCCAGAAGAACUGGAUCUUGGAUUGCUUCGCCAGGAAAACUCGCUUCCCGUGGCGUCGAUACGCCCUUGAUCGCGAUGAUAGGAAUGAAUCUGAGAGUGAAGAUGAAGUACACGACGAAUCCCGUCGUCCAGCUGACCAGCCUCAAGCUUCCUCCUCCCGAAAUCGCAUUGAAGACUCCGGAUCAGAUACAGAUGAUGAAAUUCAGAGAGUUUUAGCCACCAAAGUGCCGCAGAAAGACAUUUACGACAGGACAACCGAAGAGGAAGACGAGGGAAAAGUGUGAGUGUAUGAGAUUUGCAGGAAAAUUGAACAUAAUAAAUUGAAUAUAUUGAUUAGAUGUUGAGAUGAAUGAAU